AAAAGGUUUGCAUUUCUGAGCCAGGCUUAAUACGGAGAGGCUGGGAGUGAUCAGGGUAGUGCACAGGAAAAAAAACAAGGGCAGGUGUAAGCAACUGCGAAAACACCGGUAUUUGUAUUUAUACGGCAGGUGUACAGACACUGCAGGGAGUAUACACACACUGUAGGAUACUGUCACAUAUAUACACCGCUCCAGGACAUGACAGCUUGUCACCUUUGACAUCCCAGUCGGACAUCAAGAGAUCCCAGUGCGAGAACAUGAGGAAAACACACUGAAAGGAGCAAAAGAGCAUAGGAUCUGGUGAGAGAACCUGGAGCUAAAUGGUACGGUAGACGUGGGCCCCAGUAGCUUGUGAAUUCAAGUUAUCAACAAUCCCAAAAUGGCAGAGGGUGCACGGCUUCGGACCAGUGCAGAGAAGAUCCCAGAAGAAGGACAUGACUCUGGCUCAGGGUCAAGUUCUGGAGGAGGAGGUGGUGUAGCUCUGAAGAAGGAGAUUGGGCUUGUGAGCGCCUGUGGAAUUAUAGUCGGUAACAUCAUUGGCUCCGGUAUAUUUGUCUCCCCAAAGGGUGUGUUGGAGAAUGCUGGUUCAGUGGGCAUGGCGCUUGUUGUGUGGAUUGUCACAGGGGUAAUCACUGCAGUUGGUGCACUCUGUUAUGCUGAGCUUGGCGUUACUAUUCCAAAAUCUGGAGGAGACUAUUCCUACGUUAAAGACAUCUUUGGGGGUCUUGCAGGUUUCCUUCGGCUCUGGAUCGCAGUGUUGGUGAUUUAUCCCACAAACCAGGCGGUCAUCGCUUUAACCUUCUCUAAUUAUGUCCUGCAACCCCUCUUCCCUACUUGCUUUGCACCAGAAUCUGGACUUCGUCUCCUGGCGGCUGUGUGCCUGUUGUUGCUAACAUGGGUGAAUUGCGCCAGUGUGCGCUGGGCCACACGCGUGCAGGAUAUUUUUACUGCUGGAAAACUUCUUGCACUGGGACUCAUCAUUAUCAUGGGGAUAGUGCAGAUCUGCAAAGGGGAAUAUUUUUGGCUAGAACCAAAGAACGCUUUUGAGAAUUUCCAGGAGCCAGAUAUUGGUCUCAUUGCAUUGGCUUUUCUACAGGGAUCCUUUGCCUAUGGUGGAUGGAAUUUUUUGAACUACGUCACAGAGGAGCUGGUGAACCCCUAUAAGAACCUUCCACGUGCCAUUUUUAUAUCUAUUCCACUUGUCACUUUUGUGUACGUGUUUGCAAAUAUUGCCUAUGUGACUGCAAUGUCACCUCAAGAAUUACUAGCAUCCAAUGCUGUAGCUGUGACAUUUGGUGAGAAGCUACUUGGUGUCAUGGCCUGGAUUAUGCCUAUAUCCGUGGCUCUUUCUACGUUUGGUGGUGUUAAUGGGUCUCUCUUUACCUCAUCCAGGUUAUUUUUUGCGGGAGCAAGAGAGGGUCAUCUCCCCAGCGUGCUGGCAAUGAUCCAUGUCAAACGUUGUACUCCCAUCCCAGCACUGCUCUUCACGUGCCUCUCUACGCUUUUGAUGCUGGUGACAAGUGAUAUGUACACACUCAUUAAUUACGUCGGUUUCAUCAAUUACCUGUUUUACGGUGUAACCGUUGCCGGCCAGAUCGUCCUUCGUUUUAAGAAGCCUGACAUCCCUCGACCUAUUAAGAUUAAUCUCAUAUUCCCUGUGAUCUAUCUCCUCUUCUGGGCCUUCCUUUUAGUUUUCAGCCUCUGGUCAGAGCCUGUGGUGUGUGGCAUUGGUCUGGCCAUCAUGCUCACUGGAGUGCCUGUCUACUUCCUGGGGGUUCAUUGGCAAAACAAGCCCCAGUGCUUCAAUAACUUUGUUGACUCUAUGACCCGUGCUGGACAGAAGCUUUGUGUUGUGGUCUACCCUCAGAUGGAUAGUAAAGAUGAAGAUGUGAGUGAGGAAACCAAGGAGCAGAGAACUCCAAUAUACAAGCCUGGAUCUGAAGAGGGCAAUGGAACCCAUGCCUGAACCCUUUCCUCCCUAUGGAGCAACCACUACCACUGCCUCUGUCUCUUGUGUGAGGAAACCCCUUAUGUGUGCACACACAUUUCCAGUGCAACUGUAUACAUCUUAGCACAGAGGGAUGGAGUUAAACAUGUAUGUGCACAAGUGUGUAUGUAUAUAUGUUUGUGUGUCUGUGUAUUACUAUGUAUAAGUGUGUGUGUGGCUAUCCUUGUGUGUUUCAGUGCACAUAUACCUUGAUGGUUAUUACACCAUCUUUCCUCUUGUGUCUCCGCUGCCCUCAGGUAUUUUCGGUUUCCAGGGUAGUGUCACUUAAUUUGAGGUCAGUGCUGUGAAAUUGUCAAUGUUGGUUAAACAAUGUUGUGGACAGUUUGUUUGUGCAACUUUUUCCUGUGCACUGUGGGACAGUCCUAGUCUGUUCCAUGCAUUGCCAAUAUUUGUACUACUGUUUCCCUCAAGUGGUAAGAAGAUGGAAUUGAAGCUUAUUGCAGUGUCCAUGAUUAUUUUUGUGCACUGUAUCCUGAGCUGCGCCUGUGAAAUUAUACCUUGUUCUUUGGCUGCCAAUCUGUGCAGGACACCAUUGUUCAUGCUGACAAAGUAGAUAAUACCUUUGAGGAUUGUUCUGCAUCAUUACAAAUGUUCAAAUUCAGAACUUGCACUGUAGGCGAAAGGUUUCUAUCAGACAGUCAUGUGACCUGUAUAGGACAGAUCUGCUUUCUUUUGGUGCAAUUCAUACAUGGAACACAAUGGGACAUCUUACUGUGUACUGUUCCUUGCUUGUGCUAUUGAAGUGGAGACCUAGCACACUCCAACCUUGGUCUCAGGUUUCUCUCCCUCAAACUGUCAUAGUACUUUUUGGGGGAAUGUUGCAAUCCUUACUCUAAUCCAAAGCAGCAGUUACCCAUAAUCCUCUGAGACACUCCAGUCACUUAUUCAUAUUCCUCCCUCACACUCCGAGGAUUCUGGAUAAUUCUUUAUUAAUGGAUCAGAUUCUCCAAAAUGAUCAUUUUAUAUAUUUUUUUUUAUUUAGAAUAUUGUCUUUGAAUGUAAUAAAAUGGAUCUUGUGCCUUUUUGGUGA